AUGAGCACCUCAAUGGAACCGCUUCCGCCGAGCGCGCAAUCCCUGCAACCUGGCAAUGGCUAUCGACUGCCCGCCGAAGCCUACUAUGACCAGGCAUGGUUCCAUCGCGAGCAGAAACAGCUGUUCCGGCGCAGCUGGAAUUUUGUAGGUGAGACACGGGAUAUCCCCCAGGUGGGCGACUACCUUACCGCUACCAUUGGCGGCAGCCCCAUUGUUGUUGUACGCGGAGAAGAUCAAAAAUUGCGCGCCUUCCACAAUGUCUGUCGGCAUCGCGGCGCACAGCUGCUGGAUGCGCAAGGCAACUGCAACGCCAUUGUCUGCCCAUACCAUCGCUGGCAAUACAAGCUCGACGGCAGCCUGCGCAAUGUGCCGCAGCAGAUCAAACAACUUCCGGCAAUGAACCUCGAUGAAUGGGGGCUCAUACCAGCCGCGCUCUCACAAUGGCAAGGCCUUGUAUUUGUUAAUCCUGAUAGCCAGGCCUCUGCUUUCGAAACCUGGCUGGCGGACAUACCGGACCUGCUUGGAUCUUUCGAACCGGAUCGUCUGCGAGUUCUGUGCGAGGGGACCUUCGAAUUCGCCGCCAAUUGGAAGUUUUACGUUGAGAACCACGUCGACUGGUAUCACCUGUGGUACACCCAUCCGAAGAGUUUACGGAUGUGGGAGCAUCAUCAGGGUGAGAUGCUGCAAUCUGGCGCGCAUUGGGCUUCAUUCGAACCUACGCGGCCAGGCUCCAGCAGCAUGACACCAGAGCUCAAACCUAUAGGCGGUCUGUCCGAACGCCAGCAACAGAACGGCGCGCACCUGCUUUUUCCCAACCUGACCCUGUUCACCGGCGCGACUUACUUCGCGACCGGCCUGGUUAUGCCACUGGCACCGAACCGAACACAGAUGCACUUUCGAGCGCUUGUUGAACCAGAACAGGUCACUUCGACAGAGAUGGCACAGAUCAUGCUGCAAGCAUUCCAGGAAAUCACCGAAGUUGAGGAUGCGGGUAUGACAGAACGCCUCCAGGCAACGGUGCAAUCCGAUGCGUUUGCCGUAGGACUGUUCAACAUGCCCGCGAUAUCAAAACUCCUGGCGACCUUGCUUUUCUGCCUGCUCUGCACCGGUGCAAUGGCAGCAGAAAAGCCACGCUUUACUCUGGCCUGGUCAAUAUAUGUGGGGUGGAUGCCCUGGGAGUAUGCCGAUGCUACCGGCAUCGUUGACCGUUGGGCCGAUCGUUAUGGUAUCGAAAUAGACAUAGUGCAGAUCAAUGACUACAUCGAAUCUGUCAACCAGUACACCGCAGGACAAUUUGAUGCAGUGACCGCCACGAAUAUGGACAUUCUCACCAUCGCUGCAGCAAGUGGCGUUGACAGUACCGCGGUUAUCGUCGGCGACUUUUCCAAUGGCAAUGAUGCGGUUGUACUACGUGAUAACAAACAGCUGGACGCUAUUGAAAAUCAACGGGUGCAUCUGGUCGAACUUUCCGUUUCUCACUAUCUGCUUGCGCGGGCGCUGGAUUCAGUGGGCCUGUCCGAACGCGACAUUACCCUGGUUAACACAUCUGAUGCAGAUAUGGUCAGCGCCUGGGCAGGCACCGGCGUGCCUGCGGUCGUGACCUGGAACCCCAUGCUUGCCGAAAUUCGUGAUAUGCCGUCUGCAAACGUGGUCUUCGAUUCCAGCCAGAUACCCGGCGAAAUACUGGAUCUGACCAUUGUCAACACGCAGACACUGGCUGCGCACCCGGAGCUCGGCUAUGCGCUGGCAGGCGCCUGGUAUGAAGCCGUCACGCAGAUGCUCGCUGAAGAGACCAGUGCGGCUGUUCAGCAACACAUGGCCGCUGCAUCCGGCACAACCCUCGCCAGUUUCCAGCGACAGCUGUCCACUACCCACAUGUUUGCGGAACCCGCAGACGGUAUCGCCUUUGUAAACAGUGACGCGCCACAACAAACCAUGCAACGCGUUGCUGAAUUUUCCUACGACAAAGGGCUGCUUGGCCCGAUGGCACCCAAUGCCGGAUUUGUUGGCAUCGAGUUCGCCGACGGUGCCAUCUGGGGGAAUGAACAAAACGUGCCAACGCGCUGGCUCGGCACCGUACUGACACUGCUGCCUUUCGUUGCGCUGCUUGUUUUCUACCAGAUCUCUUCCAGCGCCCGCCUUGCCGAGAACGCCCAGGACAGAAUGCUGCCCAGUUUCAGCACCAUGGGCAAUUCAAUGUAUACCAUGGCAUUUACAGAAGAUCGGCGCACCGGGAACUACCUCUUCUGGACCGACACGAUGGCAAGCAUGCAACGGCUGGCCGCCGGGGUGGGAACCGGAGCAUCUCUGGGCCUUCUUCUUGGCGUUCUGGCUGGCCUGAUCCCUCUGGCCAGAGCAUCUCUGUCGCCAUUUCUCGCAGCCAUUGCCAUGGUGCCACCGCUUGCUCUGCUGCCCAUUCUGUUUAUUGCGCUCGGGAUCGACGAAUUAUCAAAAGUGGUGCUGAUUGCCAUCGGUGUAGGGCCGUUUAUUGCCCGAGAUCUCGAAGCACGCAUCCGCGAAAUGCCGAUGGAAGAAUUAAUCAAAGCGCAGACGCUUGGCGCCGGUACCUGGCGCACGCUGUGGCGGGUGGUAUUGCCGCAGAUGAUGCCGCGCCUGUUAGACGGCGUAAGACUUUCGCUGGGAGCGGCCUGGUUGUUCCUGAUUGCUGCUGAAGCGAUCGCUGCAACUGAGGGCCUCGGUUACAGAAUCUUUCUGGUGCGCCGCUACCUGGCGAUGGACAUCAUUCUGCCCUAUGUCGCCUGGAUCACCCUGCUGGCGUGGUUGACAGAUUAUGGCCUGCGUAGAUUGAAAGACAUGAUCUUUCCCUGGCAGGACUUAUACAAGUCCUACGAUGACACGGUCGUAUUAGACGGCAUCAACCUGGACCUUGCUUCCGGGGAGUUCUGUACCAUCGUUGGCGCAUCUGGCUGCGGUAAAAGCACUCUGCUUAAGCUUUUGUUAGGCCAGGAAGCACCUACCUCUGGCAAGCUUCUGCUCGACGGCAAACCGUUGCCCUCAGAGCCUUCAACCGAACGCGGCAUCGUUUACCAGAGAUAUUCCGUAUUCCAACAUCUGACCGCUGCACAGAACGUGCGCCUGGGGCUUGAACUGAGAGAUGGAGAUCGGAUCUUCGGCUGGUGUUUCGGCGCUCGGCGACGCGCGAUUCGUGCACAAGCACUGGCACUGUUAGAAGCUGUUGGUUUAGCUGAUGCCGCUGAUCGAUAUCCGGCGCAACUUUCCGGGGGUAUGCAACAACGCCUGGCGCUUGCACAGGCUAUCGCACGACAGCCACCACUGCUGUUGCUGGAUGAACCAUUCGGCGCCCUCGACCCUGGCAACCGAAGCGCCAUGCACGCAUUAAUGCGUGAACUGUGGCUGGGCACAAACAUGACCGUGGUCAUGGUCACACAUGACUUACCCGUCUCAGCAAACACGCCGGACCCAGCAUUUGAUGAACGCCUGCCAGCGGGAUGUCACUUCUCUCUGGUUGUGCGGCGCGGCUAUACACUGCGCCUGACCGAUAUCAGCGGCGGUGCCAACGUGGGCUUGCUUGCUUUCAACCAGGAUGAGAAAAGCGAGCGCUACAACAUGGCGGACACGCUUAAGGCGCAGCAUGUCUCCCAUCUUGCGGCACCGCUGGUUCUGUAUUCAGAUAUGGGACGGGUGCUGAUGUCCAUGACCCACGACGACUGCGGCUGGCAUGACACGAUCUGUGGCACUACCACUGCAGCAAUGAUAGCGGAACAAUAUGGUGAACUGGAUUUCCAAACUGCCCGCAAUGGUUACCAACGCAAUGGCCGCGAUGGGUUCCUGGUAGAACUGGGUCGUUGGGGAUUGUCACGAAGGGAUCUGGUUGCAAAUGUAAAUCUGUUCAGCCGGGUGGUAACCGAUGAUGAAGGCAAUAUGUCAUUUGUUGCCGAUAACUCACCACCUGGUUCCAGCGUUGACCUACGCGCCGAAUUAAAUUGCCUGGUGGCAAUAAACAGCGCACCACAUCCAUUGGCAACUUAUGACACCUAUCCUGACGGCGACGUUGUGUUGUCGGUCCACUGGACCGGCUCCCCCGCAGCAGACGACCCUUGCCGACUCUCACGACCGGAAAACGAACGUGGCUUUCGCAACAGCGAAGCCUGGUUUGCUCAACCCUCAGAAGGCAACGAAGCUGUUGAUGCCUUCUUUUUUAAUGCCGACAACCCGAUCGAACGCUACUCUGCUGUGGACACCAUCCGCGCUCAACGCAACGUUUAUCUGACAAAAGGAUCAACACUUUUAUCCACUGAAAACGAGGCGAUGCUGACCAUCGUCGAAGAUACCGUAGGACGACACGACACGUUGGGUGGUGCCUGUGCCUCUGAAAGCAAUACAGUUCGUUACGCACACGAAAAAAAAUUCAUGCACAGCUGUCGGGAUAACUUCCUGCACGCACUUUUAGCCUGGAGUGAUGACUUAACCAAACGUGACAUUGGCAGCAACAUCAACUUCUUCAUGAACGUACCCAUCACACCGGAAGGCGGCUUAUCAUUCGCCGAUGGUAUUUCAGGUCCAGGGCAGUACGUUGAGCUUGUUGCACACAUGAACGUUCUUGUACUGAUUUCCAACUGCCCGCAGCUUAACAAUCCCUGCAGCGGCUUUGAUCCGACCCCUGUCGAAUUUGAGAUCUAUACCCACAACUGA